CGACGAGCAGCCGUCGUGCCACGGCGCCUUCGACAUGUACUUCGUGCUGGACAAAUCCGGGAGUGUGGCGCAGAACUGGCACGAGAUCUUCGACUUCGUGAACCAGCUGACGGAGCGGUUUGUGAGCCCCAAGAUGAGAUUAUCGUUCAUCGUGUUUUCCUCCCAGGCACAAGUCAUUAUGCCAUUAACUGGAGACAGAGAGAAAAUCAAGGAAGGUCUCAAGAAUUUGUCAGAAGUAAAACCAGCAGGUGACACGUACAUACAUGAAGGGUUAAAACAGGCUAAUUUGCAGAUUGAGAAGCAGGGAGCAUCGAGGUUUUCUAGUAUCAUCAUUGCGCUGACAGAUGGCAAGCUAGAUGGUCAGAUUCCUUUGUAUGCAGAAAAAGAGGCAAAGACAUCCAGACAGCUGGGAGCUAGAGUUUACUGUGUUGGUGUCCUUGAUUUUGUACAAGCACAGCUUGAAAGAAUUGCUGACACAAAAGAGCAAGUCUUCCCUGUCACUGGAGGAUUCCAAGCACUUAAAGGGAUAAUCAAUUCUGUGUUGAAGCAGUCAUGCACUGAGAUUUUAUAUUUGGAACCAUCCAGUGUCUGUGUGGGAGAGGAGUUUCAAGUUGUUCUUAGAGGAAGUGGCUUAACCCUUGGUGGGAGAACUGAUGGUGUUACUUGCACCUAUCAAGUGAAUGGAACUACCAUUCAUGAAAAACCAAAAAAGGUGGAAUCAGAGUUUCUGCUUUGCCCUGCACCAAUCCUGUAUAGAAGUGGCCAAACUAUAGAAGUUUUGGUGAGUUUGAACGAAGGGCAAUCUUUCAUGUCCAGCUCUUUGACUAUCACCGCUUCAGAGUGUUCCAGUGGCAUAGCAGCACUUAUUGCUGUGCUUGUGCUGUUACUUCUGGCGGCGUUGGGGCUGCUCUGGUGGUUCUGGCCCCUCUGUUGCAAAGUGGUGAGUAAAGGCUCUUAAAAAAAGUCACCAGGU